CAAAUCUAAAUUUACUCUAAUUAACUCGAGGUGAUUCAGCCAAGUGAUUAGACUCGUUUUAUUUUAUCUUUAAAUAAAUUAGGUCAAGUUGAGGGUUUUGUUUGUUUGUUUGUUUGUUUUUUUUUUUUUUUUUUGUUAUUUUUAAGGUUUAGGUUUUUUUUUUUUUUUUUGUUUGACUCAAUAGCUGAGAAGGUUGGAGGAGAAGGUGAAGAACAAAACCCAUCAACUAGAUCUGAGUGAUUCCUUCAAAGUUUUCAACUUUAAAUCAAAGCCUUCUCAAUUAUGCUUUGAAACCCUUCAAAUUUUCUCUAAGUCUCUAACAAUGUCUACUCGUCCUUCUUUUCACAAGAUUAUUCUUCCAACAACCCUUCAAUCUAGACAACUGAGGAUUCCGGAUAACUUUCUGAAGAAACAUGGGUCCCAGCUUUCGUCUUAUGCAACCGUUACUGUUCCUGAUGGUGCUGUCUGGCGUAUAGGAUUGAAAAAGGUCGACAACAGAAUUUGGUUGAGUGAUGGUUGGCAGGAAUUUGUUCAACGCUACUCCAUUGGCAUUGGAUACUUUCUAGUAUUCAUGUAUGAAGGGAAUUCAACCUUCAUCGUUCAUAUGUUUAAUAUGAGUACUGCUGAGUUAAACUAUCAAUCAACCAUGAGAAGCCAUAACGAAGGGUAUUCAAAUUAUCUUCCUAUUUUUGGAGAAAUGGAAGAUAUUGACUCCUUUGAAUUCCUGGAUUCAUCACCUUCAAACCUUACGCCUGGUGCUAUGGAUCAACUGACACCAGGGAAGAAUCAUACUCCAUCAUUGCAGAAUUUGUUUAAUGGCGGGUCUAAACUUAACCGCGUUAACUGGGGAGAUAUCGGUGGUACUCUGUCUUCAAAGGUUGCCAUUCAGUCAACCAAAGAUGUAGGUGUUCAGUUCAAUGCUAAUGAGUUCAAAAAGUCUACUGAAGAAGUGAAAUUGCGCUAUACUAACGAGGACGGGCUUAAUAAUAGUGAUACUAAGAAAACUCCAAGAAGGAAGCGGAAAUUAGAUCCAAGUGCACAGGAAGCCGCUGCUGAAAAUGAUGAGGAUGGAGAUAUACGCUAUCGAUUCUAUGAAAGUGCAUCUGCAAGAAAAAGAAUCGUGACAGCAGAAGAAAGAGAAAGGGCAAUUAAUGAGGCAAAAACAUUUGAACCAACUAAUCCUUUCUGUCGAGUUGUCCUGCGACCCUCCUAUUUAUAUAGGGGAUGCAUAAUGUAUUUGCCAUCCUGCUUUGCAGAAAAGAAUUUGAAUGGUGUUUCAGGAUUCAUUAAGCUUCAGACCACCGAUGCGAGACAGUGGCCUGUUCGAUGCCUCUAUAGAGGAGGCCGAGCAAAGUUAAGUCAAGGAUGGUAUGAAUUUACAGUAGAGAACAAUUUAGGGGAAGGUGAUGUCUGUGUUUUCGAGCUGCUCAGAACCAGAGAUGUAGUGCUGCAAGUUACUUUGUUUCGUGUAAAAGAGGAUGAAUCAGGGUUAUUCAACCCUUCUAUGCAGCCGAUCCAAAAUGUGAGCCAUGCGAAACUGUUGAACCCUCAUUUGCAGCACCGUGUUAGCUCAACUAAAUCAGCUAAAGUUUAGCAGGGACAGUUGACUCCUGAUAGACAAUUACAAAACUGUGUCGAUUAGCUCUUACUUCUGAGUGAUCCUGGUAUUCUCUGGUUUAUUCAGUCUGGAACUUUGAUACUUUUUAUGUCCAUAGGCGUUUGAACUUAGUUAUGGUAGUUUUGAAUCUUUUGAUAUGGAUACUUUGUUUUGACUUGGAUUGUAAAUAGACUGUGCAAUCUAUUUAAUCAUAAACUGAGUCAAAACGCUUGUCUUAGUGCCGUAUCUUGGGAAUUGGGAUUAACUUUUUUUCUUUGGUUUUUGGUUUUGAAGUUUGUAGCUUCAUCUGCAUGAAUAUAAUGACUCAGUUACUGCGUGCUUUUAUGUGAUUGCUUUAUGAUGA